UGGAUCCUGGCACUAGGCUUGAGUCGUUUCUCAAAUCCGUUGUUCUUUCCUCAUUUGCAAGUCACAAGAGAAUCCUCUUGCGAUGACACUCGCCGGACUAAACAAGGCGAGCGAUGACUCUGAUCAGUGACCCCGCCUGCUGGGUUACCCAGGAUGCUUUCUCCGACUCGUUCAAGACUAGCCCUAGUCAUACUGUCCUAGAUCAAACUGCAAUCCUCGCUUCUGCUUCACUUAGGCCAACUCCAUGAACUGUACUCAUCGGGCCCCAAGCUCCUCAAUUGGGACGGGUUUUCUGCUCGCGAAUGUCUGCCGCCAUGGCUUACGCUACCCUUUACGCGCUUCAUCAAGGGUAUCACGAUUCUCCUGCCUCUCCUAGCUCUGCUCGUGCAGUGCCAACCGGACACAAUAAGACUCAACACGAGAACUUCAUCACCUUGCCCAUGCGCGCUCUUCCGAGUGUCGAACAUUUAAAUUAUCAUGCUGUCUGUUCAGACUUCACGCCUGCCCGAAUCUGGAGAUUCGAGCUCCAAAAACGGACCACCGACGUCAAAGUGACAAUAUGUCAGAAGUGACUCCCGCCGCGGUUCAACAUGCGAGGAUCCGAGGCGAGGUAUAUAAGUUCGCCCGACCGCGUCCUUCGUACCCUCAUCUUGCCUCUCUCUGCGACUGGUUCGCAUACAUCCCACAAAAGCCCUUUUCAUCACAAC